AUGAAUGAAAACUCUCACUCUUUCCACGAGAAAGAAUUAAGAGAUGGACAGGUUGGAAGUGUGUCUGCUGGGUGCGCUCCACCACCUGACAAGGAUGGCAGUGCUGUUCUGGCUUUCAGAGAAGUUUCUAUCUCAGAGUUGAAGAACCACAGCGUCCUCCAGGCCCUGACAGCAGAGGCGAACGGCUGGGAGCCCGGUGUUGUAAGUACAGAAGUCCUCCAAGCCCAAGAAGAAUGGGAAGCUGUGGACAGCAUCCACCUGGAGACAGGGAGCCGGGCCAGCAUGGACCAGCCUGGGCAGCUCAUCUCCUUCAGUGAGGCCCUGCAGCAUUUCCAGACAGUGGACCUCUCCUCCUUCAAGAAAAGAAUCCAGCCCACCAUCCGAAGGACUGGGCUCGCUGCCCUCCGGCACUGCCUCUUCGGGCCUCCGAAGCUCCACCAGGGCCUCCGUGAAGAAAGGGACUUGGUCUUGACCAUCGCUCAGUGUGGCCUGGAUAGCCAAGAUCCCAUGCAUGGCCGAGUCCUCCAGACCAUCUAUAAGAAGCUGACUGGCUCCAAGUUUGACUGUGCCCUCCAUGGAGACCACUGGGAAGAUCUGGGCUUUCAGGGAACAAAUCCAGCCACAGACCUCAGAGGAGCAGGCUUCCUUGCCCUCCUGCAUCUCCUGUACCUGGUGAUGGACUCAAAGACUUUGCUGAUGGCCCGGGAGAUUCUCCGCCUGUCUCGUCAUCAUAUCCAGCAAUUCCCCUUCUGUUUGAUGUCUGUGAAUAUCACGCGUAUCGCCAUCCAGGCCUUAAGGGAGGAGUGUCUCUCCAGGGAAUGUAACCGGCAGCAGAAAGUGAUACCCGUGGUGAACAGCUUCUAUGCCGCCACCUUCCUCCGCCUGGCGCACGUCUGGAGGACACAGCACAAGACCAUCUCAGACUCAGGCUUUGUCCUCAAGGAUUUGGAGGCGUCGGCCAAGAAGAGCCCCAAACGGCUGCUCAAAACCCUGGAGAUCUACUUGGCUGGAGUGUCAAAGGGACAGGCCUCCCUGUUGGGGACACAGAAGUGCUCUGGGCCACAGGCCCCUCACUCCAAGGAUCUCACUUUCACAGGCGUGUGUGACCUGUCAUCACACUCGUCCGAAGGGACGUGGCUGAUCUGA